GUUUUAGAUCACAUUCUGCCAGCUCUGUCUAUAUAUAUAAGGUGUCAACAUUGCAAGCUAAGGAAAAGGCUGUGCUUCUUCUGGCCCGGCUAUCAUGGAAGCUGUUGCAGAGUUUCAACUGGCGAACUGGACCCCUGUGGAUUAUGCGUCCAUCGACAUACCUGGUGGUGCCUGCGGCCUCCAAGCAUAUGACUAUGAUGUGCAGCUGCAGCACCACCUCGCUGAGUACUAUUCUGCAGCCUCACAACACAACAGUAAUAUUGUUGCCAAAGCAGCAAAGAUCUCCUCGAACGACGAUAGUGACGAUGCUAGCACUAGCAGGAGCGAGGUGAGAAAAGUAGUAGACCGGUUUAAGGCUGAUAUGGAGAUGAUGAAAGAGAAGAUGCAUAGAUACCCAGCAUGCCUUGGUGCUGUCGAUAAAUCUUAUACCGUGCCGAGGAUUGUGGCCAUCGGCCCCUACCACUGUGGCAUGGAGCACCUCAAGAAGGCGGAGGAAGUGAAGCAGGUUGCUGCCUGGCAGUGUACCGGGACAGGCAAGUUACUGAAGGAGAUGUAUGAAGAGCUGAUCCCCGUCGCAGACGCCGCCUAUGACUUGUACGACAAGGAUGCGAUACAAGGCGUUGCCGAAGAUGACUUCCGGCAUAUGAUGUUCUUCGACGCUUGCUUCUUGGUGCAGUUCAUGCUUUCACGGGCUGGUUCCUCCAAAAUUGAUAAGAGCUUGCAGGUUUACUUGAGGCAUAACCGCUACGACAUCUUCCAUGACAUCAUGCUGCUUGAGAACCAGCUCCCAUGGAUGGUGGUCGAAGCAGUCAUGAGAUUUAUGCCACAACCAUCGACGAUACCCAAGAGCUUCGUUCACAGAAUGAGACGCUGUAUGAUGCCGUACGACCAUCGUGAGCCUCCUGAACCGAAGCCUUUUAUCUGGUAUGAAGACUACAAUCCACCUCAUCUCCUUGGCCUCCUCCGGUACUACAUUGUUGGCCGAAGAUGCGAGUGCGACAUCGACGAUGACGAGGAAGAGAAACCGGAGCCCAAGAACAUGUCGUUUUCUGCCAGCGCCAUGGACCUUGCCGAGAUCGGCAUCACACUCAAGGCCAACAAGACGAUGCAGCUCAUUGACAUGCAUCUCAAUCGUCCGAAAGCAGGGGCUGUUUUCACCGAGCUUUGCUUGGCGCCGCUGUCCCUGGACCGCGAUCGUGCAAGCUACCUCGUCAACAUGGCGGCUCAUGAGCUGUGCGCGGUGGAGAGUUUUGGAGGUGCCAAGGAAGAGGACUCUGCUGUCUGCUCCUACGUUCUGCUCCUGGCUAAUUUGGUAUACAGGGAGGAGGAAGUUCAGGAGCUACGGGAGAGAGGUAUCAUCCAGAGAGGAGGAGGGCUCACCAAUGAGGAGGCGCUCUGCUUCUUCACCAACUUCCAGAAUCUGCGCAUGGGACCGCGCUACUAUCGCAUCAUGCAAGACAUCGCGAUUUACAGGGAAAAUAGCCUCAUAAAGACCAAGAUACAUGGGUUUCUCCACAACCACAAGAAAGCCAUCGCCGCGGUUGUCACCGGCAUUGGUGCUGUUGGCGGGAUCAUAGGGGCACUCCUGUCUAUCAAAAAGUCCAUUUGAUUUUAUCUAUACCACGGCAUGAAAUGUUGUUGUAUCUGUAUGUGCUUUGAUUGUCAAUUUCCUAGCUAUUUUAUGUACACUCAAAUUAAUGACGUUGCUUGCGUAUUUUUUUAUUAUUAAGGAUGCAUUUUUUAUA